CCUUUUUCUCCAUCCCCGCCGGAGACGCAGCACAAAUCUCCCUUUGACAAACUUAUAAUUACAAUAUGCAGAAUCAAAUGACCUCCUUUACCACCCCCAAUAAUAAUAAUAAUAAUAACAUUCAUAUUCAACAAACUCCUCAUACAUUCAUCACUGAUCACAACAAUCUCAAUCAUAAUAAUAAUAAGUAUACUAAACGUGUUCAUAAUAUCAACGAUAAGAAUGUCCUUCUUCGUGUUAGUGGUGCAGGACAAGCUUGCGCUGCAUGUAAAUACCAACGUCGAAAAUGUGCCCCUGACUGUGUUCUUGCCCCUUAUUUUCCACAUGAUCGUCAACGACAGUUCCUCAAUGCUCAUAAAUUGUUUGGGGUCAGCAACAUUACCAAGAUCAUUCGCCACCUUGAUCAACCGUUCAAAGAUGAGGCAAUGCGGACCAUCAUCUUUCAAUCUGAUGUCCGUGCUAAUGAUCCUGUUGGUGGUUGUUACCGUAUAAUCAGAGACCUGCAACGUCAUAUUGAUUAUUGCAAAGCAGAGCUCGAUAUCGUUCUUCAUCAACUCGCCUACUGCAGGGCACAGGCUGUUGCUGCUGCUGCUGCUGUUGUAUCUGAACAACAACAGAUAUUAACAGAUCAUCAUGCAACUGAGGAAUCAUUUAAUGAUAAUAAUUGUGACGGCGUUGUGAAUCAAGUAGAUGCUCUGGUGAACAAUAAUAAUAAUGCAUCUUCGUACGAUCAACAGCCAAUGGAUCAGUACAAUCCUCAUGAUAGUUUCUAUAAUCAUCCUCGUUCUGAUCAGCAAGCAGAAGAUGAUCAGCAAUACAAUGAAAUUCAAGAUGGGCAAUUAGAUUUAACAGAUAUUAACUUCCCUUGGAGCUUGCAUGAACAAGAAUCCACGUCUACAUCAGCUACCAAUUCUAUGAUGAAGCAACUAUCUGUUAAUGACCAAUGUGACAAUAUCAAGGACCCUAUUCUUGAGGGGAUUUCAGGUUUCGGAAGUUUCGAACAUGAUCAAACAUUUGACCAACACAGCUAUUCAACAAGGGAACAGACUCCAAUUGAAGGAAGAGGGUGAAUCCUUAGACAUGCUUGCACAUCAAGAUCUAAAGGUGCUGCUACUCUGUUUACCUUCACAAACUGUACUUCGCUGAAUUUUUGUAGUAGAGAGAUCCGCAAGAGGAAAUUUCUGAGAGUCAAUUUGACUUCACAAUUUUGCCCGAACUCCCAAUGAGUUGUGUAUGUUUUGUUCUUCCUUCUUUUAAGUGUCAACCGAUCAAUCGGUAUGCAAAACUAGCUGCCAUUAGUCUGCUGGGGCCUUCACACAUCGUAAAGCUCCAGAAGGUUUUACUGGAAAAACGAAGGUUCAGAAUUUUAGACAUGUGAUGAAAGUAAUAAAUAGGCAGUAAACAAAUUAGUUUACUUGUGAUUUCAUGAGUCAAAUUAUAGUGAUGGUGUACAUUCACUAUUCUGAUUUCUUGAUACAAAUUGUUCAAUUAGAAGAAAGGCUAAAUGCACUUGAUAUACAUUUCGGAUUCUUCCUUGUCGA